UCAGCUGGACACGGUUGUACCUUGCCGGCUAGUAAGCCGCGCAUCCCAGGUAGCCGCCAAUUACUCACUAAUUCUUCACGGGAGGGGCUUACUACUUACGUGCUAGGGCGAAAUGAAGCUCCAGAUGUCUCAGCCUCAGGCCUUGCGCGCUCGGCCGCGUGCUGGUGCGCUUCGGGCGCUCCCUCGUCGCCAUACGGUGUCGGUAUCUGCUGUUGCCAGCGAGCCGCGGCUGGUCGUGCCUUCGUCGCUCCAAGGGGGCAGCUCAUGGUCUCCUAACUCUUGGCGCAGCAAGCCAGCUCUACAGCAGCCAGAGUAUCAAGACCAGGCUGAGGUCGUCAAGGCGUGUGAGGAAAUUGCACGGAUGCCUCCCCUGAUCUUCGCUGGAGAGUGCCGCACUCUACAGGAGCGCCUUGCAAAAGCAGCAACCGGCGAGGCCUUCGUGCUGUUCGGUGGUGAUUGCGCGGAGGCUUUCAGCCAAUUCUCUGCCAACCGCAUCCGCGACCUGUACCGCCUGCUGCUCCAGAUGAGCACCGUGCUGGCCUUUGGUGGCGGUGUGCCCAUCGUCAAGCUGGGUCGCAUCGCCGGGCAGUUCGCCAAGCCGCGGUCCGCGCCCACGGAGACUAUAAACGGGGUCACCCUGCCCGCCUACCGUGGAGAUAUUAUUAACGGCCCCGAGUUCACCCCAGAGGCCCGCCGCUGCGACCCCUGGCGCCUGGUUCGAGCCUACAACCAGUCCGCGGCCACCCUCAACCUGCUGCGCGGCUUCAGCUACGGCGGCUACGCCGGCCUGUCGCGCGUCUCCCAAUGGAACCUAGAUUUCAUGAAAAACACCGCCGAGGGCCACGCCUACAUGGACAUUGCCAAGCGCGUGGACGAGGCCAUCCAGUUCAUGAUCGCCUGCGGCAUGGAUACCAACAUGCCCUUCAUGCGGGAGACGGAGUUCUACACCUGCCACGAGUGCCUGCUGUUGGACUACGAGGAGGCGCUCACGCGCAUGGACUCCACCACUGACCGCUGGUACGGCUGCUCGUCCCACUUCCUCUGGUGUGGUGAGCGCACGCGCCAGCUGGACCACGCACAUGUGGAGUUCAUGCGCGGUGUUAACAACCCGAUUGGCGUCAAAGUGUCCGACAAGAUGGACCCCAACGACAUUGUGACCCUCAUUGCCAUGCUUAACCCCUCAAACAAGCCCGGCCGCCUGUCGAUUAUUGUGCGUAUGGGCGCACGGAAGCUGCGGGAGAAGAUGCCCGCGCUGAUUGAAGCGGUGCAGCGCUCGGGCCAGGUUGUGACCUGGGUCUGCGACCCGAUGCACGGCAAUACGGAGACGGUGUCGGGCUACAAGACGCGCCGCUACGAGAACAUACGGUCGGAGAUUGAGGCCUUCUUCGAUGUGCACGAGCAAAUGGGCACCGUUCCUGGUGGUGUGCAUUUGGAGAUGACGGGCGACAACGUGACGGAGUGCAUCGGCGGCGGCGCCUCAAUUAGCGAGGACGACCUCAACUCGCGCUACCACACGCACUGUGAUCCACGUCUGAACGCAGAGCAGUCGCUGGAGAUUGCCUUCUACGUGGCGCAGCGCCUGCGACAACGACGGGAAAACCUUGCUGCCAAGACACCGGCAGCUGCUGCGGCCAGCUCGUAAGCGGCGCUUUGUAGGUUGGGAACAGGCAGCGGCAGCGGAGUGCAAGUAGCAGCGGCGGCGGCGAGCUGGACGUUCACCGAGUCACCGAUGCCGUCGCUCUGUGCGCCCCUUUCAUGGACCGUGAUGGAUCGUUGUAAUAUUGCGCACGUGAGCCGCACCUUGGCGUGUCGCCGAGCUUCCGCUCGUGUUUCAAUCCCCGGCUUUAUUGCCCCUGGGUACAGCAAAUACAGGUGUCGACUAUCUUCGAGAUGCCGGUGCACAGUACUGACCCCACAGGGCCCCGGCAUCUGACGAUCUGCACGACAGUGUUCAGGUGUUAGAUGAGCGGGUGGACCUUUGUGACAGGGGCUGCGGCCGUGUAGUAUUGCAUUGAACAUUACCCAUAGCCCCGUCGCAUCAGCAGGAUGGGGAACGACUGCGCGCGUCGUGAACAUGAUCUGUCGUCACCUGUCUCGUAAACAUUUGAUGGAAGGGAAGGAUAAAGCACGGGGAGUCGGAGUACGGGGAAGCUGGCGUUAGUCGAUGAUGUGGUACGGUUGCGCAGACGUGCUAGGGGGACUGUGGCAGCUCUACCACGACACAUCUGCCUCGCUGUCUGAUUGGGGGGGCGGGUUUGACUUGAGUGUCGUCGGUGUUGUGUUUGGCAGGUUGUGAUGAGGUUUGUUUGGUAUCUUGUUUAGCCUGCACGACCUCCUUGCGUGUGCGGCUGCUGUACUGGCCGUGCUUGCGGAAUCGGGUGGUGGGAUGUGCGGUUCGGAGGCUGGGUUCCGAGGCGCCGGUGUGAUGUUGUUGGCGGUGCUGCGGUGGUGCAUUCUAUGUAGGUGACGCUUUGAGCGUUCAGCGAGGUUUGGGCAGCCUCUGGACACCGGUUACCUUUCGCCUGUCAGGCGCGCAAGCCCAAGGUGGACAGGUUUGGGGGUGCGGCGUUGGGGGUGCCGUGGACUGUUGCCGGCAGAGCGACUUGCAGGGACUUGUUUAGGGACUCUUUAAAGGUCCUUGGAUAUCUAUUAGAAGAGACUAUCACCUGGAAUAAAAGGCAAUGCGGCAUGCGUCAGAAUGAGUUGCUGCCGCUAAUAAAGGUGGGCGAUGACAUUAUGGGAGUGAUGACAGUGCAAGGGAGAUAUUCCGAGGUAGCAGAUAGGGGCGAGUUCGCGUUUAAAUAUUGGCACCAUGGUGCCUCUGCCGAGCCUUCAGGACCCCAGGGGAUAGAAGGUGCAUGCGGGGACGGUUGAGACCAAGGUCUUGCCCUCCCUCCUGGUUCUGCUCAUGCCAACACUAAGCGUGGUUAGAACCGAUAGCGGCCCCGCUGCCCGUUGCAGUGCACGCGCGGAGUGUUCUGGUAGCCUUGCCUCCCUGACACGGCGGCUCGGAAAAUGCACCCUUAUCUGCAUCUCAGACAGAAUGCCCCAUAUCAUCUUUGUCAGUGAAAUCCGUCGUCAAAGCAAUUCUUGGCUCUUUUUAAUUCUAGUUUUCUCC